AUGAUACAGUCAAACGAACACAUCACCAUUUACUUUGCAGUAAUGAUCGACAAUGCAGGUACAAAUACUUUCCGCGUAAUUCAAGAACAGACGACAGCCAUGGCCUUCGAAUGGGAAACAAUGACUUACACAAAUCUUGGUUAUGUCUAUUUGCUUCAAGACAUACCCAAUGGGUUUGAUAGAACAGUGAAAGUAUACGAAGGCAAUAUAGGUUUAUUAGAAGCUAUUGGCGAACCAUGUGAACAUUCAAAAUAUCGUGCCGAGGGCUACAACAAUGACUUCUGGGCUUCUGAACUCGGCACCUUUCACAUGACAUACAAAAGAGGUGAGUUGUUUCUAAUCUCUUACCUAACAAUCACAUUUCCAAUCUCUGUUCCAUCUUCAUCACAAUUAUACAACAUUCAAAUUCCAUAUUGACAUCUUUAGAGAUCACACGUUCAGUGGAAUGUUUGAUUGCACUUCUUGUGAUGAAUGUCAAUCUAUGUAUACGUUGUAACGAAGCCACGGUACUGCUCCGUUUGAUAUAUUCACCAUCAAAUCACUGUGUUCAUCAGCAGUGAAAAUGUCACAGUGCAUUCAUUUUGUGCUCACAUUCUUCCUUUCAUUC